UGAUGGGCAAGCAAGCGUUAAUUAAGCAAUAGUACAGAUAUGUCCUAUGUAAAGGCGAUAGAUGGUCAUCAGCCAAAAGCACUAGCUAUAUAGCUAGCUAGCAAUCCGCUGCAACCAGCAACCUUUACCUAGCCUCAUCCUGCUCAUCGGCCGGCCAUUCACCGGCCAGCCACAAGAAAGACAUCAACAUAUGCGGAGAGGGAGCAUAGAUGUCGCGACAGGGGCGUUGGGCAGCGUCCUGGCCAAGCUGGGGGUGCUGCUCCAGGAUGGAUUCAAGCAUAAUCUGCCGAAGAGCGCAAAGCAUGACAUCCACUCUCUCCGGAUGGACCUACAGAUUAUGUACUCAGUCCUCCGCGAUGUGGUAGAUUCGCGCGCGGAGCAGCAGGGGCACAACAAGCUGUGGGCACUGGAGCUGCGGGAGCUCUCGUACGACGUGGAGGAUGCAGUCGACACCAUCCUGGUACGCCUGGGCGGCCUUGAGUCGUCCACCGAAGCAGCAAGCAGCACGGGAUCGAGCUGGCUCAUUAAGAUUACCAAGAGGGCCACAACCCAUAAGGUCUUUGACGAGAUCAAAGACAUCAGGUUACGCGCCAAGGAGGUAAAUGAAUGGCGUGAUCGGUACAUGAUAGAUGACAGUCUACAUAAGCCUCGAGUUUCUGCUAUCUACGACCCUCCUCGCCUGCCUGCAGAUCUGUCCGUCGACCAGCACAGCCUAGUUGGGAUUGACCAGGCAGCGGCCGAGCUAAUAGAGAUGUUGGCAUUGGAGGGUGGUGCGUUCGAGCGGCGAUUGAAGACAGUGUCCAUAGUUGGAAUGGGAGGACUAGGCAAGACAACUCUUGCCAAACUAGUCUACAGCAUGCUUAAGGAUCGGGACCAGUUUCAAUGUGGAGCUUUUGUUUCGGUGAGUCAGUGUCCUAAUAACAGGAAGAAAGUUUUCUGGGAAAUGCUCUACCAACUGGAUGGAAAAAAUUAUAACAACGUCCAGUACAAUGCAGAUAACAAUGUAGACCAACUCAUCCAUGCAAGCCGAGACUCCCUUCAGAACAAGAGAUACUUCAUUGUUGUUGAUGACAUCUGGUCUAUGGAAGCAUGGGAGGUGAUCAGAUUAGCUUUGUUGGAAAAUAAUAAUGGGAGUAGAGUAAUCACAACAACCCGUAUAUUUGAAGUUGCAUCAAGUGCUGAUGAUGUUUAUACAAUGCGGCCCCUCUCUCCUGAGAACUCCAAAAGAUUACUCUGCAAAAGAAUAUUUAGUGGUGAAGACAAUUCCGAUGGUGUUGAAUUGGCUGAGGUUCGUGACAAAUUAUUGAAGAAAUGUGAUGGCUUGCCAUUAGCUGUCCUUACAAUAGCUGGUGCAUUGGCUGGUAAAACAAUUGAACAGUGGUAUAUGGUAUACAAUUCUAUUGCUUUUGGGCAUGUAAAUGGCAGAGUUAUGGAUGAUAUGAUACGUAUAUUGUCUUUGAGCUAUUAUGAUCUACCGCCACAUUUAAGGACUUGCUUGUUGUAUCUAAGCAUAUUUCCAGAAGAUUAUUUAAUCAAGAAAGACUUUUUAAUUUGGAGGUGGAUAGCUGAAGGUUUUAUUGAAUAUGAUGGCGGUAGAAGCUUAUUUGGAGUCGGAGAGAGUUACUUCGCGGAGCUAAUAAACAGGAGCAUGAUCCAGCCAGUAGAGGUCGGUGACAGAGACUCGGUGGAUGGUUGCCGUGUUCAUGGUGCGGUGCUUCAUCUCCUCCGUUACCUCGCAAGAGAAGAAAACUUUGUUACUCUCCUGAUAGACAACAUGCUAUCCUCAGGAAGGGGUAGGCCCCGCAGGUUAGCCCUCCAAGGAAAUAAUGAAGACCACACUCUGCAGACUAACAUUGACUUGGCGAACGUGAGGUCAUUUAAUGCAAGUAUGUGUUCUGCUAAUAUGAUGCCGCUACUGUCAGGGUUUAAGUUUCUGCGUGUUCUAGCUUAAGUACGUUGGAAAGUUAUUUCUGUUGAGGUACCUAGGACUAGUGGGGGCACCUAUCAGUGAGCUCCCAGAUGGAAUAGGAGAACUAGAGUUUCUACAGACACUGGACUUGAGGGAAACUGGCAUACAAGAACUGCCACGGAGCAUCUGUCGCCUAAGAAAACUGAUGUGCCUUUGUGUUGACAGCACUGCAAGAUUGCCUAGUGGGAUUGGGAACCUAGUGGCCCUGGAGGACCUGCGGUUAUACUCAGUGAGUACUCUUCACUUUGUUAAAGAUGAGUUGGGACAGCUGACAAAACUGAGGAUUCUUGAAAUUCGCUUUGAAGAACUGGAUGAGCAAAUGGAGGAUGCUUUCUUGCGGUCUCUGAGCAACUUGCAAAACCUGCAAACUCUCGUCGUUGAUAAUUUUGGUGGAUCAUCCAACUUUGAUCGCAUGGAGAAGUUCUUUGAUCCACCUCGUCGUCUUCGGAGAUUGACCAUGACCAGAACCGCGUUGCCGGCCGAGUGGAUAGGGAGUCUUUCAGCACUCUACUACUUAUGCAUCGAGGCCCCGGAGCUGCGUUUGGGGGACCUGAAGAUCCUUGGAGGGUUGCCGAGUCUCCGUUCCCUGUGGAUAUCAUCAAGAUCAAAUGAAAGGCCGCUCGUGAUCACCGCUCGUGAUUUCCUUCUCUUAUAGAGUUCACUCUCUUGAACCUUCGGGCCAGAUUUUCAACGAGGAGCCAUGCCAAAGGUUCGGAGAGUCGAGUUCAGUUUCAGCCUGCGCGAUUUCAGCUCUAGGGCUGAUUUUGGCUUCGGAUUGGAGAACCUGCUCUCACUUGAGCAUGUCACCAUCCGUCUCCACGACAAGGUGCAUAGUGUGGAAGCCGCACUGAGGCACUUAACCAAGAAACACCCCAGACGUCCCACAAUUACACUGAUAAGGGACGGCGAAGAACCAACAGAUACUGCGGCUUCCAACGACACAAGAACACAAGAAGAGUUGGCGGAAAUGGAAGCUAAGCAAUUGGAAGAGAGGAGGGAUAAAUUCAUUCAGGAACUUCAUGAGGAGAAUUUGUUGUUGGACGACUUGCAAGCUCAGCUCAUGAAGAUAUCCGAGCAUAAGAGAUAGAACAAGGAGGAAGAGGCAAGAAUCUUGCUGGAGGGGGCCAGGGUGCUAAUUAGUAGGUAGCCGCUAAAUUCUACAGUGCCCGGUAUGGUUGGAGUUUCAGAGCUGGAAGGAUCUUCAAGCAUUGGUUGGGGAGGGGGGGGUGUUGAAACAUGAGCCAAUGGCUGAGUUUUUGGGUUUUGUUAGAAAGUAUGGGUUGUUAUGUUCUUAGGAAUAUAAUGGCUGGAAAGUUGUCUGAAUGUUUGUUGGGUAUGUUUAAGGGACUGUGUGUAAUUCCCUUCACCCCAACCAUGGUCGGAUGGCACCUGGAUUAGGGGGCGGGGGAGGAGGUUGUGGUCGUUUCCCUUUUGUGUUCUUUUCUUCGCUUUUGUAGUGGGUGUGUUGUGAACCCGUUAUUAUUUCUGUUAAUGGAAAUGGUGGAGCAGAGCUCUCCUAGUUCAAAAAAAGUAUCGUACUGGGAUAUAUUCUUACAGAAAUGUGGUACC